AAGGGUAGCCGCGCGAUGGGGGAGCUCUGGCCGUGAAACCAGGCCGUACCGUGUGUGCAGAGUGAAAGAUUUUAAACGUUAGCGGAUGAUUUUAUAAAGUUUUAAUAGGCCGCAGAGAACAUUGGAUUAUGGCUACUGCUGUAACGCUAUCUGUAGCUGUAUGGGAAUAUGUACGCUUCUCGGGAACAUGGACGGCGUACCCGCCGGACGCCUGCGAAAAGCUUGAACGGGCGAGGAUCAAAUCGGAAAGCAAGGAUGAAACGAAAGUACCGAUUGACAUCUCGUGCAGAGGUGUCAAAGCCCACUUUGUCGAUGUCGUGAAAAUGCAGCAAGUCUUUGGCGACGAACAGGAUCACUGUGCUGCUUCCCCGGUACGAAGAAAUCUAUAUCCUCUUGACAGCGCCCCGGCGAAAGGUGUCAACUGGGAAUGGCGAACGAACAGCGGAAAGUGGUAUCCUUACAGCGUGCAUCUCUCUUGCCUCAUUGAAAAAGCCAAGGAACAGGGGCUGCCCAAGAUUAACUUGCAAGACCACUAUCCCGAAUGCAUAUACACUGUGGAAUUCACAACCAUGCAUCAAAGGAACAACUUCACAAGUUUCUGCCGCGUCAUUCGAAGAGUUGAAGGAAAAAAUUACCCACUGGCACCUGACGCCAUCACAUGUCCAGGAGUCAACCUGAAUGUCCCCGAAAGGAAAGCAAACCCAAUGGAACUGAUGCCUCCUGUAAGCGAUAGCAACUCUUCUGAUGUUACAGUGAUUGCACAAAUUUUUCCAAAAAAACGCAAGGGACGAAGAAGCAACCAUACUGCUUCUUUUGCUGGAAUUCCAUGUACAUCAGAAGGUGCAUCAGACACCAAGAGUCUGAAGACAGAGGGCUGUAAUUCUCUUGAUGGCAUAAAGCUACCCAACAAUUCAUGGACCGAUUCCGUGCAAGAUACUCCUGAACCUGAGGAGUUCUUGGCAAGGCACAUUAUUGAUGUCACGGGAACCAUUCCAGCAGAGGAUUGCAGCAUCUGUUGUGAGCCAUUGGUCGCCUCUUCAUCCUACAACAGCUGUGGCCGGGUGGUGCGCCUUUCCCACUGUAGCCAUUAUUUCCAUUAUGCCUGCCUUGCAGCUAUGUAUAAAAGCAAUCCAAAGACAAGCUACCUGCAGUGUCCUGUGUGCAAGGCCAUAUAUGGAGUGAAACAGGGCAACCAGCCACCAGGUAUCAUGAACUUCCAAGUGCUGCCUUUCACACUCCCUGGCUAUGAGGGCUGUGGCACCAUUCAGAUUACGUACCACAUCCCUUCUGGAGUUCAAGGACCAGAGCACCCACGGCCUGGCAUGCCGUACACUGCGAGAGGAUUCCCUAGGCAUGGAUAUCUUCCCAACAAUGAUCAAGGCCGAAGGGCACUGAAGCUUCUGGUGGAUGCCUGGGACCGGAGGCUCAUAUUCACCAUUGGACAGUCGACCACCUCUGGAGAGCAAGACACUGUGACAUGGAAUGAGAUUCACCACAAGACUGAGUGUGGGUCCAACCACACAGGGCAUGGUUUUCCGGACCCUUCUUAUCUGGACAACCUCCUUGCCGAGCUUCGAGUGCAUGGGGUCGCUGACUAGAAAGCAUUUGAAUGCACCAACUCUUUAUGAUGACAGACCAGCAUCCAGCACUUGUCUGCCAAUGUCCUGCUGCAUCGUCCAGGAACAUAUUUUACAGGAACAUAUUUUAUUUUAGCUAUUGGUUUUUAAUGCUUUUAGACUGUAAUGGCUGUUGCACCUGCAAGAUGUACAUGCAAAAACUGAAGUGAUUUGUUAGGGGUGUUUGCUGCUGUCUUUUAUGGUGAUGCUGUCAUUGAGACAGAAGGUAUAAUUGUGUUCCGAAUUUUUACCUUUCGUCUGCAAUAAAGAGGUGUUGUGGAAAGUGCAA